AUGGAUUAUUCUCAGUUUAAGACAUCAGAUAUGGAUGCUAGAUAUGGUUUUUCGUCUAGGUUGUUGAAUAUUGACGGCAAAACAUUCUGCCCGCGUAGAGGUGUUGUGUCUGAUAAUCAGCAGGGUCCGAAGAUAGUUAACAUCAUAGAUGAACUUACCAAGAUCACAGUUCCAGUUGAUAAUAAAGCCGAUGGUCAUGGUGUUGAUAAACCUGAUGCUGUGCAUGAUGAGUUUUUCUGGGAUACUUAUAAGGGGGAAGAAUCAGCCUCGUAUGCUGAUAAAGUGCAGUCUACUCGGAAGAAAAGAGAGGUAAACUUCAGACUUAUGGAACCUAUGGAAACAAGAGAUGAUGCGGAUAUUGUUAUACCGAGCGCGGUGGUGCAGCAGGUUCAACACAAAUUUGAUAAUGUGCUCUAUGGGUACUUUCUAGGGAAUCGCCUGCCGUUUCUGGUGGUUGAAUAUUAUGCGAAGAAUGUUUGGGCAAAAUUUGGGUUUUCAAAACUUAUGAUGAACACGUCAGGUUUCUUUUUCUUCAAGUUUGAUUCUAAGGAGGGCUUGACGAAGGUUUUGGAAGGAGGACCAUGGUUAAUACGAAAAGUUCCACUGUUUCUGAAUGUAUGGUCUCCGAAGGUUACUCUCAAGAAAGAUAGCAUUAAAACAGUUCCUAUAUGGGUUAAGUUGCACAAUGUGCCGAUUGCGGUUUAUACUGAUGAUGGAUUGAGCUUGCUGGCGUCAAAGUUAGGGACCCCUAAAAGGUUAGAUUCUUAUACUGCUGAUAUGUGUGUUGAUAAUUGGGGUAGGAGUAGUUAUGCUCGUGCAAUGAUUGAGAUAAAUGCUGACAAUGAGCUAAAGGAUCACAUUACUGUGGCUAUCCCGAAAAUGGAUGAGGAGGGAUUUAUAUUGGAACAGGUUAAAGUUGAAUAUGAGUGGAGGUCGCUUCGCUGUAGUUCAUGUUGUUUGUUUGGCCAUGAUGAUAACACAUAUCACAAGAAACCUAAUGGUAAGGCUAAGGUGGUAACGGUUGAUGAGGAGGGUUUUGUUACUGAUAACAGGAGGAUGGCGAGGUACUCGUUUCCUCAAAAAAAGCAAAAACCAAGGGUUGUGUAUAAACCAAAGACUAAUAAAAAUCAUGCAAGUACGUCUGGGACGAAGGGGGAUACUUCGGAUGUGCCAUUGUCAAACUCUUUUGAGGUGCUUGAUAAUAGUAAGAAGGAUGAGAAAAGGGAUCCGACUAGUGCCAAAUCGAGGGUUGAUGAAACUCAUGGGACUCGUAUACAACAACCUGAUGAAGUUAUCGAGGUGAACCCGACAGAGAUGGCUGAUUUUAUGAGAGGUAACAUGAAUAAUAAAAAUUCUGAGGGGGCAAGCACUCCCGGUGACGAUGAGUCUCAUGUCGAUGUUAAUAAGCUGAAUAAGAUCUGUGAAAAGGAUUUUCGGAAUUGGAAGUGGACAUCAAACGGUGGUAUGUGUCAAAGAGGUACUAGGGUUAUAUUGGGGUGGAAUGCGGAUGAUAUUGACCUUAUGGUUAUAUCCCAAUCAGACCAGGUUAUUCAUGCUCAGGUAGUGUUAAAAUCGGUUAAAAAGACGAUAUUUUGUUCUUUUGUGUAUGCGGAAAACAAGUAUCAGGAUAGGAGAAGCUUGUGGUCUGAUUUGUGUAGGUUUAAAGGCAUCACUCAGGACACUCCGUGGGUUGUAAUGGGUGAUUUCAAUGCCGCUUUGAAUAUGGAGGAUUUUGUGAUGGGUCCAUCAUCCCAUACUAUAGCUAUGCGAGAUUUUUAUGAGUGUAUUCAAGAGGCAGAACUGAUUGAUGUUAAAAGUCAUGGGUUGCAUUAUACUUGGAAUCAAAAACCAAGGGAUGGGGUAGGAAUGCUAAAGAAGAUUGACCGUAUUAUGGGUAACAUCAAACUUAUUGAUGUUUUUUCGGAUGCCUAUGCUAUAUUUCAGCCUUUCCGUGUUUCUGAUCAUGCUCCUGCUAUCUUGAAGUUAUUUUCCAUGCCUAAGGACCGGCCUAAACCGUUUAAAUUCCCGAAUUUUAUUGUCACAAAGCCAGAGUUCCGCCAAGCUGUUAUAGCCGAAUGGAGUAAAACCGUGGAGGGGGCUACCAUGUAUUCGGUGGUUAUGAAAAUGAAGAGCUUGAAAACGCAUUUUCGGAGGAUAUUGCGUAAUCAAGGUAAUCUACAUAAAAGAGUUACGGAGUUACGGAAUGAACUUGACCAGAUUCAAAAACAGGUGGAAGCUCAUCCUUUUGAUGCUUCUUUUCGGUUAUUGGAGACUACCUAUUUACGAGAUUUUAAGUCAGCAGUUUACGAUGAGGAGUGCUUCUUGAAACAAAAAUCUAAAGUGCAAUGGUUAUGUGCGGGUGAUUCUAAUACUUCCUACUUUCAUAAUUAUGUGAAGAGUAGGAAUGCUAGAAGUAAAAUCAAUUGCAUAAAGGAUGUGAAUGGGAUCCAGUAUGAGGGAGUUGAUGCUGCGGCUGCUCUGUUGAACCAUUAUUCUAGUUUCAUGGGCACUCAAGAUCUAGUGACGAGGUUGGAUGAGGCAGAUUUGUUCGUUAAUGUUUUGCAGCAGAAUGUGGCGGAGAAUAUGGUGAGACAGGUUACCGAUGAUGAAGUUAAACAGGCUAUGUUCAGCAUUGGAGAGAACAAGGCUCCAGGUCCAGACGGAUACACUUCAGCGUUUUUUAAAAAUGCUUGGGAUGUUGUGAGUGGUGAAGUUACUAAGGCAGUGUGUGAUUUCUUUAAUAAUGGGCAACUUCUUAAGCAAAUUAACCAUACGAUUUUAGCGUUGGUUCCAAAGAUUGAUACGCCAAAUUCAGUUCUGGAUUACAGGCCAAUAUCAUGUUGUAAUGUGAUAUACAAGUGUAUCAGCAAAAUUAUCACAAAUCGUGUGAAGGGUUGUUUGGGGACGCUUGUGAAUAUUAACCAGUCGGCAUUUAUUCCUGGUAGAAAGAUCUCUGAUAAUAUACUGAUUACGCAGGAGCUUAUGCAUAACUAUCAUGUGGAUCGUGGUCCUCCGAGGUGUGCCUUCAAGAUUGAUAUCCAGAAAGCUUAUGAUACUGUAAGCUGGUCUUUCUUAGAAAAUAUUCUAGUCAGGUAUGGAUUCCACAGGAAAAUGGUUUCUUGGAUCAUGGCGUGUGUCACAACAGUUUCUUACUCGGUUAGUGUAAAUGGCGAGUUGCAUGGUUUUUUCCCAGGGAAACGGGGUUUACGCCAAGGAGAUCCAAUGUCCCCAUAUCUAUUCACGUUGAUCAUGGAGGUGUUAUCUCUUAUGUUACAAAAGAUGGCGGUAAAUCCUACUUUCAAGUUCCAUCGACACUGUUAUGAACAAAAGAUUAUCAACGUAUCAUUUGCUGAUGAUUUAUUUGUGUUUGUUAAUGGUGAUACCGAAUCGGUUAAGCUUAUUCGGAAUGUUUUGGAGGAGUUCACUAGUGUUUCGGGACUGGUACCUAGUUUGCCUAAGAGUACGGUAUUUUUUUGUAAUGUUCCAAGCCAUGUAAAAGCGGAGAUUUUACGUUUGUUGCCGUUUCGUGAGGGUGAGCUUCCGGUUCGCUACCUGGGGGUUCCCUUAAUCUCUACUAAGCUGUCUUUUAGAGAUUGUCGGGUUCUGGUGGAACGUAUGGAGAGGAAAGUUGAUAAUUGGAUGUCUAAAUCUUUAUCUUUUGCAGGCCGAUUACACCUCCUUAAUUCUGUUCUUGCAGCAAUGUAUACGUAUUGGGCUUCGGUUUUCAUUUUGCCAGCGCGUAUAAUCAAGGAUUUGGAAAAGAGAAUGCGAAGAUUUCUUUGGAACGGGGGGGUUUCGGGGAGUACCCGGUCUAAAGUAGCAUGGAAGGACGUGUGUUUGCCUAAAGAAGAGGGGGGCCUUGGAAUUCGAAAUAUUUCAGAUGUGAACAAAGCACUUAUGAUGUCGCAUAUUUGGAGCAUUAUUAGUAACCGGGAGUCCCUGUGGGUCAAAUGGAUCCAUUCUUACAAGAUAAAAGGUAGAACUUUUUGGGAGAUUCAAAGCCGUGGAGCGUUGACAUGGAGUUGGAGGAAAAUUUUAUCUAUUCGUCCGGUGGUUAGACCUUAUAUUUGGAAGUUGAUUGGGAGUGGUUCCCAGACGAAUGCGUGGAGUGAUAAUUGGUGCAUUUGCAGUCCGAUUCGAAACUUUGUUACGCCAAGGAGAAUUGCCCAAGCGGGUUUUAAUUUGCAAACUACGGUUGCGGAGAUUGUAGACGCUGAUGGUAACUGGCGGUGGCCCCAGGCUUGGUACGAUUUAUUCCCAGUGCUCAUAGAUGUCAUAGUUCCUGAUCUAGUUCCUGAGUCAGUUGAUAGACUGAGAUGGAGAUCUGUGGAAGGAAAAAUUGUUCAAUUUAGCUCCUGGGAAGCUUGGAAUAAUCUUCGGGUAAGGGAUAACAAGGUGGCUUGGGUGAAUAUGGUGUGGUAUGGCCAAUGCAUUCCAAGACACUCUUUUCAUCUUUGGUUAGUUCUAAAGAAUAAGCUGAAGACUCAAGACAGAUUGGCAGUAUGGGAAGCGGGGAGUGAAACGAAUUUACGGCUUAUGUGUUGUCCUCUUUGCAACUAUGGACGAGAUUCAAGAGACCAUCUAUUCUUUCAAUGCACGUAUGCGGCCAAGAUUUGGAGCAUGGUUAUACAAAAGGUUGAUAUGGUAAAUGUAAAUGAUUCAUGGAGCUCAAUAAUGGUGUGGAUAGAGCUGAAUGCGAAUUCAAAGAAACUAGAACACAUUGUUUGCAAGCUAUUGGUAGCGGCUUCUACCUAUUUUAUAUGGCAAGAACGGAAUAAUCGGCUGUUCUCCAAUGUCUACAGGAAGGAAGAGAUAGUGGCAAAGAUUAUCUUGGACAUGGUUCGGCUUCGUAUAAUGGGGUUCAAGGUCGGAAGAGACGUGAAGUAUAGGAAGCUGUUGGAAACAUGGGGAGUAAAAGAAGAUGAACCGGGCUAA